AUGGCCGAUGAGAAGAAACCUUCUGCAAAGAAGGGUUGCAAGCGGAAAUACCAUUCCAAAUCCAAGAAGGGGUGCGUCACCUGCAAAAAGCGUCGUGUCAAGUGUGAUGAAAUGAAACCGAACUGCUCUACAUGCGUCCGCAUGAAGCUAGAGUGUGGCUACUUGGAUGAGCCGCCUACUUCAUCUAAAAGAAAGAAGUCUGAAGGAAGCUUGUCUCCGGCAUCUUCAGCCACACAGCAGGCGACACCCAAUAAAUCUCCUAGCCCACCUCCCGCGGGAGGCAAGUCAUCGUUGUCCGAUUUGGCGUCGUCUUUGGGUAUAGGAUUGGGGAAUCUUAAUAACAUCAAUAUUAGUCAGAUUGUGAACAAUUUGAGCAACGGAAGAGAUUUGAGCGCGUUUGGGGAACUUCCAAAUAUUGCUAACCUAGCCGCUUUGGCCCAACAACCAAUGGAUUUCGGAGCUCUUGGCUCUCAGCUUUCUAGUAUGGGCUUCAACCUAGACUCACUAAUCGCCCCGUUGCUCAAACCAAAAUCCGAACCAGCCACGGAGCCCAGAGAUCAGACAAUUGCCGGUUUGACAUCUGUUCUAGACUCUGCAAUCCAACUGUUAUCGGGCCACGAGCCGCUCCCUUCAACAGUAAAGACAGAAGUGGUUCCCGACUUGGGCGAAAUACCAGGUGUUUUGCCACCAAUUGAUGAAACAAUUCCAAUUCCAAGCACCAGUGCUCCAGAGCCUCCUUUGCCUGCGAACAGAAUAUCGAACAGCUCCAAUGGCUCUUUAAAUUUGUUGGACCUCAAAUUGAUGUACCAUUACACAACCCAUGUAUCAAGCACGAUAACAGGUGCAGGUAUAUCGGAUACUGAUAUCUGGAACCACGAUAUUCCGAUGUUGGCGUUCGAGUAUCCAUUCUUGAUGCACGCACUUUUAGCAUUCAGUGCCACUCAUUUGUCCAGAACAGAGUCGGGUCUUGAUGAUUGUGUGACCUCUCAUCGUGGCGAAGCACUUCGACUCCUUCGUGAGGCCAUCCUAAAUAUCGAUAGUGAUAAUACUGAUGCAUUGGUGGCAAGUGCCCUUAUUCUUAUCAUGGACUCACUUGCUAAUGCGUCUAUUCCCUCUCUGACAUCGUCCAAGUCUCUACCAGCAUCCGCGUGGAUUUUCCAUGUUAAAGGGGCUGCCACGAUCCUUACAGCUGUGUGGCCUUUGACGGAAGCGUCGCGUUUCUACAAAUUUAUAAGUGUUGAUUUAGGAGAUUUGGGAGAUAUCAUAAACGAGAAAAGCCAACUAUCACGAAACUCAACGCUCUCGUAUGCUGAUUUGGAAUGCCACGACUCAUCCAUUGCCGAUUUGUUUCCUGUUCCGAUCAACUCGCCUUACUUGAUCACGUUGGCUUACUUGAACAAGCUACAUAAAGAACGUUACAAAGCAGACUUUAUUCUCCGUAUAUUCGCAUUCCCCGCUCUACUCGAAAAAGAGUUCUUGGGUUUGCUUUUGAUGGGUGACGUGAAGGCUAUGAGGGUCAUGCGCUCUUACUACAAGCUUCUUCGAUCAUUCACGCUGGAAAUGAAGGACAAAGUUUGGUUCUUGGAAGGUGUCUCAACUGUUCUACCGGUGGAUGUUGAAGAGUACGCCGGUGGAGCCGGUGGUAUGCACAUGAUGCUUGACUUUUUGGGAGGAGGACCUUCAAUUCUGGAGGACAACGAGGUCGACAAGAGUCUCUCACUGAUAGAUCCAGGUGGACAAAUUGCCAAGAAAUUGGCAGACACAAACAACCUACCGAGCGAUAUCACCAGCGCCUUGGAUGUAAUGCAAGGAGAGGGCGGAAUAUUGAACCAUGAUUAG